CAAUAUUUUGGUCGUACAAUAUCGCCGCCGCCGACGUCGCCAUACGAUCGCCGCCGCCGCCGCCGCUGCCGCUGCCGUCGUCGCUGCUGCUGCUGCCGCCGCCGCUGCCGCUGCAGCCGCUGUCGUCGUCGCAAUAAUAAAUACGCCGCAUCAAAAACACCGCGACUCGUGCCCGCGUCUGUCGUUCAACGCCGGACAUGGACACCUGACGACCGUCUCCGGACGUCCGAUCGACAACACCGCGGUGGUGUUAGCGCGGCAUUCCGCCCGUCAAUACUCGAAUGGUGGACGCGUAGACAAUCCGACAAACUGGACAAGCUACCCGAGUAUCUCCGCGACACCGUGGACUGGUUUAUGGGGAAAGGUCGAAAGGCCAAAGACAAAGAAUCACUAUGUAAUGAUGAUAAUAAGUUAUAUUUGGAAGAAGCUGUAUUGGAAAAAAAGUUACCUGACAUUGAUCUUAGGAUAUUGGUUGAAAUGCCUAAUGGAAUAGAUUUUAAUGAAUGGCUCGCUUCUCAUACAAUUUCAAUUUUUGACAACACCAACUUGAUUUAUGGAACUGUGUCAGAAUUCUGUACUAUUUCGGGAUGUCCUGAUAUGGUCGGACCAAACUAUAGAACCUAUUUGUGGUUUGACGAAAAAGGAAAAAAAUCUCGAGUGGCUGCUCCAUUAUAUAUAGACUAUGUUAUGACGUUUGUCCAAAAAACUAUUAAUGAUGAGACAAUCUUUCCAACUAAAUAUGCUAAUGAAUUUCCUGUUGGCUUUGAGAUUGUAGUAAAAAAAAUUUUGAGAUUGUUGUUUCACGUUUUAGCACAUUUAUAUCAUAGUCACUUUCGUGAAUUAGUACUACUAAAUUUGCAUACACAUUUAAACUGUGUGUUUGCUCACCUGUCAGUAUUUAAUCAUCGGUAUCAAUUAAUUGAGCUACGUGAAACUGAAAUCUUACAAGAUUUGGUUGUAGCUUUAAAAAUUUUAGAUGAUGAUGAAGAAAUAACUACCGUAGUUAAUGAAUCUAUUGAUGAAUAUAAGGAUGUCAUCAACAAAGAACCAACCAUGUCUUUAGCAGAUCAACCUAUUAACAUGUUCCCUAAUCCUUCUACUAUUAAUACACAGACUUUACCAACUCAAAUUGAUAAUUUCUAGUCUAGAAAAUUGAAUGUUAUAAUGCAUUAAAUAUAUUUGUAAUACAUAUUACUUAUGUUUAAUUAUUCUGUACAUAGAAUUUCUUGUUAAAUAAUUUAGAUAAUACCUGUUGGCAGACAAUAAACUUAAACUAAUAUCAAAGCUUUUAAAUCAACUAUAUUAUACCAAAAUACUAUCGAAUAAUAGAUGAAAAAAAUUAAUACAACUUU